UUGGGUAAUGUGCACGCGUUGCCGAAAGAGUUCCUGCGGAUCAGCAGAGCGGAGGCUCCCUCUUUCUAGCCCUUUUCCCUCCCUUUUUCUUCUCUAGGGCAUCAUUUUCCGCCGAAAACUCACCGGAGCGAUCAAUUUACCGCGACUCCAUGACUCCGUUUCCCGCCAUUGUCUUCCUUUAUCCCGCCGAUGGAGCAUCUGGAGAGCGAUAGCGGAGGGGUUUAAUUCCAUUUUCUGAUGGUUAUAUGAGCUGGAAAUUUGAGAUGUGGUGGAUUGGUGCUUGUCCAAAUGCUAGAUUCUCUUGGCAGGAACUGAUGAUGAUCUACCAAACCAGUGACUUGUUCAGAUUUCUAGGGGUAUUCUAUUUUCUGGAGCUUUGAGGAUCAUAUCAAAACCGAUACAUCAUAGAAAAGACUCUGACAUGGAUUUCCAAAUUCAUUGUAUAGAGACAGAAGCGUAUGGUGCUGUUUUGAGAGCCUUUAUUGCUCAGUCCGAGGUCCUUACAUGGGACAAGGAAGAACUCAUAACAGAGUUAAGAAAGGAACUUAGAGUUUCCGAUGCUGAGCAUAGAGAAAUUCUUGCGAAAGUGAAUCAGGAUGAGUCAAUCAAGUCAAUAAGGGAACGGCACAAGGUUACAGAUGGUCAGCGAUUGAGUGUCAUGAACCCUUCUGCUUCUGAUUCCAUGUUUGUGGGUCAUCUAUCUCGUAAAAGGCUGAAACCUGCACAAACACAUGUGACAUCCUCCCCCAAAUAUGCACCUUCUGUUCAACCUUCACCUAUGCAUGUUAGAGAUGGUCACAGGAAUAGCAAUACAUCUGUACUCUCUCCUCAAAUGCGUUCUGGCCAGCCCGUCAUCCCUGCUCUUCAGAACAGACAAGCACCAAGCUCUGGUAAAUUAAGGGGAUCAUUGAUAGUUCAGGCAUCCAACACGGGCGUCCAUUCAGAUUUGGGAAACAUUGAUAGUAUUGAGAUUCGUAAAACCAACAAGGUUAUAAAUGAGGUUGAGAAGCUUUGUGAAGGGCUUAACCCUGAUCCUGGUCAAAUAGAGAGGGCAAAGAUGGUCCUUAGGGACCAUGAAAGGGCACUUAUGGAUGCAAUUGGAAGACUUACUCAUAUGUCAGAUGAUAAUUCUCCUGAUCCCAGGCAAAAGCAGCAUCAACAUUCAAAUGAAGAACGGGAUAGGAGCAGGAUCACCUACGGUGAUGGCUGCAUUGUAAAUCAUGCAGAAAGAUCUGGAACCCCGCACAUUAUUCUUUAAGCUGAUGAUUUUGUUUAAAGUUGCUAGACAAGUUGCAGUUAGAAUCAUGACAAUGACGAGGGCUCUUUAAAGUUGUUUAAUUGUGAUAUAUGAUGGAUUUCACGAAUGACAUCGGUAUGUACCCUUCUUCCGAUAUCUUGCAUCCUGUAAUGCCUGAAGUCACGAAGUAGAUACAUGAUGCACUGUAAAAGGCUCCUCUAACAUGUGUAAAUAUAGUUUGUUUUGUCUAUGAUCUUUUCGUUA